AUGAAGGGGCUUGCAGCCCAGGCCCAGUGUCAACUAGAGCUGGAUCUGCACUCCACGCUUCGAGACCUGCCCGGCGUUUUGAGAGCUCUCGUUGCGGUCGAAAUGUACAGCGGCCUCCUGCAGCCGCUGCCUGAGUUUGCAGCGUUGAGUCUCGCCCAGCUGGAGGUCGUGGCCCGCGCGUUGGUUCUCGAGAUCUAUCUACCAGGGGACAUUAUCUGCAACACCAACCGUGUGGGCACUCGGCUAUAUAUCCUGAAGCACGGUUGUGCUGAGCGUGUUGCCCCCCGCACAGGCAUCGUGUUUGGUGCGCUCACGGACGGGGCCCUCUUUGGUGAGUUCUCGUUCUUCCUGCCUGGCGCUAGGCGGCUCUUCCUCGUUCGCGCUGUCCGAAGCUGCCAAGUUCUCCAGCUUCACCGCCGCGUCUGGGACCGCCUGUGGCCUCCUGCCAUCCGAGAGCAAGUGGAGCAUGCAGUGCUGGAUGUGAACUUUUACAUCAAGAACGACUCCCCGGUGCCGUCGUUGGGGCGAAAGCGCCGAUCGACCCUGACGCGACCUACGCGGGCCAGUGCUGGUGCGGCUAGCUCUUUGCUACCGACAGCGCCUAUCACUUCAUUCCGCAAGCGCGUGUCGGGAUCGGACAUAUCGAGCGUCUCCGAGAAGGCCGAUCAGAGCAUCCCCGAGUCCUACCGAAGUACUCGUGAAACUCUCGAUGGCGCUCCGUCGUCCACCAACUUCGCUUCCUACCUGCCCCUGGUUCGAUUGUCAGCUAGUACGGAGCUACGCUGGAAGCGGCACGAGAAGCGUCUUCGAGCCAUCCAGCUCUUCCACGUGGUUUGGGGGCACGUGCAAAACGACCUGCGAAGUCUUCGAGAGGUGGACGGGGUGACGAGGAGGAGCACCCGACGACGAGUCUCAAUAACCGUGCCGCCCUCGUACGACGAGGCUCGGGCGGCUCAAUCGGAGGAUGGCGGUGGUAAGAUGCACCGAGUGUCUAGUAGGCGGCGUAACUCGAUCCAAUCGGACCCGACUGAUCUGCGAUCGAAGUUUACGCUGUCCGCUUCGGAGGUGCGAGUCCUGGAGCAGCGCAUGACGACGCCGCCGAGUGAGGCCAAGACGCGCACGUACCCCACAAUGCUGGCCCAGACAGCAGCCUCCCGAACGCGUACAAUGCAAGGCUCGCAGUGGUGGUCGCGACGGUGGCAACACACUGGCAAGGUGACUCCAUUCGCCGCAACGGCGAAAGCGGCUGACGGCCAGCUCACUCCGCAGAGCUCGCUGUACUCGAUUUGGGCGACUCCGAGCACGCGCGCCGCGAGGUUCGAGCAGAACGCGCGCUUCCGAGACGUGUGGGCCUCCAUCAUGCUGUCCGUGACGCUCUACUACUUGAUUUCCAUCCCGCUGCAGAUCGGCUUCCUGGACGGCGUGCUCAACGAGAUUGACAACGAAGUUAUCGUCAUCGCCUGGUACGUUGGCGAGUAUCUGGUCGCCGAUGCGGCCUGCGUCGUGGAUUUCGUGCUGCACCGCAACUACUUCGUGUACCAGACCAGCAGCGGCGAGGCUGUGACGGACCCAGAACGGAUCGCGCGUCACUAUUGGAAGCAUGGCUGGUACCUGGUGGACGUGGUGUCCAUGCUGCCGCUGGAGCUCGUCAUGUUCGCGGGGGUCGUGGGUCUGAGGCAAGCCGGCUACGCGCCUCCGCCCGCCACGACGUCCGAGUGGCCUCUGCUGUUCAGUCCGAAUGGGGGGCUGGUCAACUGGCACACGUUCGCCUUCCUACGCAUCAACCGGUUCCUGCGCAUCGUGCACUUGCGGCCGCUGAGCGACCAACUGCAGAGGUUCCUGCUGUACGACCGGCGUCUGAGACGACUGACUCCGGGCAUUUGCUACCUCAUCCGACUCGCUGUGGACUUCCUGCUGGGGACGCAUUGGCUGUCGUGUCUGUUCUACGGCGUCUCGUACUUGGCGUACGAUGACGGGGAGCAGUCGUGGCUCACCACCCCAGACAUGUUGGCUUUCGGCGACCGAGUCCGCGACUUGGCCGACAUCCGAAAGGUGCCACUCGCCCAGUCCUACCUGCGCACUUGCCACUUUAGCAUCGGUGCCAUCACCACAGUCUGCUACGGGGACAUUCUGCCCAUGAACGCGCAGGAGACUCAAGUGACGUUGGCGGUGAUCUUCAUCUCCGUGGGCAUCUUCAGCAUGCUCUCUGGGGGCUUCUACAAGUACUUCGACAUGGAGCUGGGCCGCCGUGCCGAGUACGAGGAGAAGGUCGCUCAAGUGGGCCACUUCCUGCGCUUCCACCGGUUCCCGAGCGAUACGUGGCGACAAAUGCAAGUCUACUUCGCUCUGUCGUGGCGUGAGAGUCGUGGCCGACGCGAGCGCGAGCUGCUGCGAGGCUUACCACCUUCCGUGCGGCAGGACCUGGCCCAGCAUGUACACGCCAGUCUGCUCAAGAACGUGGCCCUCUUUACGCGCUGCGACCCCACCUUCGCGCGCGCGAUCAUUGCGGCUCUGCAGCACGAGUUCUUCGUGCGCAACGACGUCAUCAUCCAGCGCGGAGACAUGGAGCGCAGCUUGUACAUUGUCGAGAGCGGAAUCGUCCUCAUCUCGGCCGUGCGGAAGCGCCAAGUGCAUCCUGAGGGCGAGGCCACCUGGGUCAAGGUGAGCGUGCGGGCGUCGCUGCGCAUGCGCAACUUGGUGGCGCUCAUGUCCCCCACGGGGACCGUUUCCGACAUUAACAACCAGACGGAGCGCGAGGAGAAGAUCUACAAGGGCCCGUUCGACUACUUCGGCGAGCGCUCGCUGCUGUUCGGCACGCCGCGCAACGCCACGUGCAUGGCGCUAUGCGUCACGAGUCUGUUUGUGCUCACGAGCGCGCGCUUCGAAGCCAUUCUGGACGAGUUCCCGCACGAGCGCAGCAACAGCGUCAGCGCCUGGGUCAUGACGCGGACGCCAGCCAAAGUGUCCACCGACGACGACUAA